GGAUAGUUUAUUGUAGUUCUGCAGGCAAUUGAAAUAGUCAUAAAAAGAAAAUAAAAUCGUAGAAAUCCUUUCCACAAUGUCAUAGGAAAUUUUAUGUAUUGCUGACAUGAACCGGUUUCAUAAACUCGCAUAAAUCACGGAAGUUCUCAGUAUUUACUCCAAAAACCCCCACCGCCCGUCGCACUUCCCCUCACAUAGACUUGUUACCCCGACAUGUCAGCUCCUCAGAUCCCUAACCUUAACUCUCUACGUCGAGGUGGCGGUCGGGGCCGUUUCAGAGGGCGUGGAGGUGCUGAUGGAAGUCUUUCAGUUGGAUCGCGCGGUACAACAAGCAAAGACCGUGUGGUCCAAGGUACCGACAAUGACGCCAGUGUCUCCCGGCUGAGUGCGGUGGCAUUGGGAUAUCUACAAGAUCCCUUUGCGAAGGCCGUACUUGCGCCAGAGUCGGAGACAAGGAGACUGCCGAUCAUUAACAGAGGUACUUACGUUCGGACUACUGCGAUCGACCACCUUGUCAACAAGUUCCUCUUCCAAGAGCCCCAAAAAAAGAAACAGAUAAUAUCAUUAGGUGCUGGUACAGACACACGCGCCUUCCGACUCUUCGCAUCGGAACAUCCUCUAAAUCUGAUCUAUCACGAGAUUGAUUUUGCUGUCAAUACAACCGCCAAGAUUAGGUUUAUACGAUCAACGCCUCUCCUCCAACGGGCAUUACACAUUGGGCGACCUGAAGACGUCACAAUUUCCGACGCUGGGGAUGCCCUGCAUACAGACGUCUAUCAUCUCCACCCGCUGGAUCUGCGGUGUCUCAAACGCGCAUCUGCCACUUCGGAUGCGGCACAUGCUGAUUCACGGGAACACCUGCAGGGGGUGGACGCGACAUUGCCUACACUCUUGAUCUCUGAGUGCUGCCUGGUGUAUCUUUCUCCGAGCGAAGCUGCGGAUGUUGUGGGCUAUUUUACUAGUUUGUUUUUUGGUGAGGGUGACAAGUCAGACGAUCAUACCGCCAGUUACGUCGAGAGCACAGGAUCAGGGACACCGCUUGGCCUCAUCCUCUACGAGCCUAUUCGUCCGGAUGAUGCUUUUGGACGGACAAUGGUGUCCAACCUUGCGACGCGCGGGAUCCACCUGCAAACUCUCCACCAAUACGCAUCACUCGCGGCGCAGCGAAAACGAUUACAAGAACAGGGCUUCAGCGGUGGCCGAGCAGUGGCAGACGUGGAUUUUCUCUGGGAACGAUGGGUAAGCGAGGAGGAAAAGGAGAGGGUAUCGAGACUGGAGAUGCUGGACGAGAUGGAAGAAUGGAAAUUGCUGGCGCAACAUUAUUGUGUCGCGUGGGGAUGGCGCGGAGGAUCUGGAGGAGCUUUUGACGGGUGGAGAGGGAUUGAAGGGCAAGCUGUGGAUUGACCCCAGCUGGGCUGACUCUGCCAUGCCUUGGUAUCUCGAGGAUAUCCACUAGCAUCAAAUGGCAUGAUUUGAUGUCGCUCGCAUAGGCGCCCACAAUUUCUUAGGGCCAAGCACUGCGUAUUACCUCAAGAGAGACUAUCGAUCAAUUAGCCGAAUACUACCCAGGGAAGUAGUGUCCAAACAGAGUUUGACCGGUCUUUUCCCAUCAUUGGCCCCCCUUUUCAACGCUACUAUUAGAGAUCCAUUCUGUUGCACACAGUCUGUCCUCCACGCUGGUUGAUGAGAACGUUGCUACGCUCCGGUCGCUCUGCUGAUCUUUUGUAGAAAUUGGGAGGUCUGGACCGGGUUCUUUGACGAUCAGCAUCUGUCACUGGCCACCUUAAUAUCGCAAUAUAUUGUAUGAUGUACAUAUAUCGAGAUAGAUGGUAUGUACAUAUAAUGCGAUGUGAUAUGUCAAUCUAAAUAUCUCUUCCGCCUCAUGAAG